AUGUCAAAUAAUUCCAAAAAUUCUCUUACUGACACCCCAAAGAAGAAAGUUCGGAAGCUUACGUUAGAACGCACUGACGAUCCUAAUCUUGCAACUAUAGAUCUAGACGAAGUAACAUCUCUGUUAUUAAAUUCACAUCAAACAUAUAACGGAAGACAAUAUUUGAACGGUGUUGAUUUUCAUUACGUUUUACCAUCUGAUAAACCAGAAUUUGCAAGAUUAACUAUGUCCUAUAUAUUAAGAAAGCAUCUGUGGAAAAAAAAUUUUUGCUCACCAAUUGAGCAAAAGUUGAAUAUGGGUGCUACUAUAAUUGAUAUUGGGUGUGGCGGAGGUCUUUGGGUGAUCGACAUGGGUUUAGAAUAUCCUUCUUCUACAUUUAUAGGAAUUGAUGUAGAUGCCUCUAACUUCCCAUCAAGAGAUAAAUAUCCAUCAAAUGUCUGUUUUCUUACUUGCAAUGUAACACAUGGAGUCCCAUUUCCUCCAAAUAUUUUUGAUUUUGCUCAUAUAAGCAUGAUGUGGUGUGCUUUUUCUGAGCCGCAAUGGAUUUCAUUAAUCAAAGAACUCGUUAGAGUUUUAAAAUACGAUGGAUGGAUUGAAUUUGUUAACCCAAAUCCAUGCUCUAAAAAUCCUGGAAAGGUUGAAAAAUUGUUAUUUGAAUCUGCUUGUAUGGAAAUAAAAGGUGUUAAUAUUUCUAUUUAUGAAACUAUACCAAAAUAUCUUGAGGCAGUCGAUGAACUUGAUGAAAUAAAUUGUGCUACUAUAGAUUAUCCCGUAGGUGAUUUGUAUGGGUGCUUUGGCAAAUACGCGUUAGAGAAUGUUAAGCGAGUAUAUGAAAGUCUUGGGUUUCUUCCAAAACACAUGGAAAUAUCUAAUGAGGAAUAUAAUAAUUUAUUAAAUAAACUUUCCAAAGAAGCAAAUGAAAACAAAAGUGUUUGGGAAAUUUAUAGAUGUUUUGCAAAAAAAGUUCAAAUUACCAAUUAG